UACGUCUGCAAACUUCAAUACGGUAUUGGGUCAGGUCAGAUCAGAAUCAGAAUAUUAGAGGUUAGGCUUAUCAAUCAUUAGUGUUGGCAUAAGCCUGUGCGAAAAUAACCUGCAUGUAAGUUGUUCAGUAACAAAGAUUAUGAAAAGUAAAAAUACUUAAAAUUGUUCUUUUACUUAUGUGUAGAAAUAACCAAAUUAGUUGAGAAAUUUGAAGAAAGUUAUCAAUAAUCGUGUCAUCUAUAAAAUAAUAUUUCAAAGGACUGGUAAAGUCAUGUAUCUAUGGGCUCCGAAAGGGAGACUGCUCUGUCAAGUUGCUCAGAAGUGUUUGUGUCAAGAAAGUUUCACCUACGCCCGUCACACAGUGACAACUCUGAGUCACAACAGACGUUUGUUCCCAAACUCACUCUUAGUGUACAGUAGUAAGCCAUCCACUGUUUAUGGGGCCCCAGUAUCUCGGACUCCUGUUCUGUACGGUAGGUUGACCGCCAUGUCCGAGGAGAUGCAGACAUUCAGCACAUCCAGUGGAGAUCCAGAAACUCCAAAGUUAUCAAACAGAGCCAAACUGAAGCGAGCAGUUAAAGACUAUGGAGCAACUGUUAUAAUAUUUCAUGUCACGAUCUCACUUAUGUCACUUGGAAUCUCCUAUCUUGCAAUUUCCAGUGGACUGGAUGUGGCAAGUCUCUUGGAGAAGGUAGGGCUGGAUCCGAAGAGUGAGAUUGCUGCUGGGGCCAGUACGUUUGUUGUGGCGUAUGCGGUACACAAGGUGUUUGCUCCGGUCCGCAUCAGCAUCACUCUGGCUUCUACGCCAUUCAUUGUCCGCUAUCUCAGACGAGUAGGAAUCCUCAAGCCACCAAAACCUACAGGAACUUAACUUAAGACUGACAUUAUUGUUGUUUAUAUCUGCUCAACUGUUAAUUUAUAGUGCUGGCAUCAAUUCUUCAAAUGUUAAUGUUCCGUGUGUAUAGUUGCAUAUCGUGUUAUAACGGUGGGGAAAAUAUCAGCAACUAUAACUCUUUCUAUAAAAGGCAAAGUAUGUAUUUGUACAAAGUAACGUAUGCACUUUUCAUAAGUAAUCAUUUAACCAGCUUUGUAAUUUAGAGCUGAACCAAAGUAAAGAACAUAAUGUUUUGUAAUAAACACUAAGGAUUAUUACAAGUGUAUAAAACAAUUCAAAAUGUAUAAUUUAUCUCACAUUAAAAAAUCAACACAAUUAUUAUUUUCUCUGCUGAGUUCUUCAGGUGAAAAAUUUAAAACUUUGAACACCAUUCGUAAGGUAUGAAAAUUGGAAUAACAGAUUAGCAAAGAUCAGCAAUUUUUUUACGAAGAACGUUCAUUUAAUAAACAGAUUUUGCAUUUUCUGUCUUAUCUUUCGUAUUUUUUUAUUUAAAUAAACAUAAAUUUUCAAAUUUUAUGUUUAUAUAUUAUUUUACACUGUUCUCUUCAGGAUUAAAUUCUCUAAAAGCUUUGGUUAAAAAGUUUACGUGCUUAAUAUCCAUUUAAAGAAGUUAAUGUACUUCAAAUCUAAACAAAGCAUGUUUUCGAGACCGAAUUUUGCAUAUUUUGUCUUAUACCUCAGAAAUAGGUGGUUGUACAGGUG